AUGUCUGUGCUGGCAAGAUCCUGUAUUAUGAGACCAGGGUUGAGGUUUGCCUCCCCAAGAUACGCGGUUUCGAACCUGAGACUGCUUAACACCCAGCCUUCCACAAUGCCAACCGACCAGCCAGUGUUGUCGGAGAGACCAUUGACGAACGUCCUGGACUACGCUUUCACCACAAUGGACAAGGUCAAGAACUGGGCUAGAAAGUCGUCUUUCUGGCCCGCCACUUUUGGUCUGGCUUGCUGUGCCGUCGAGAUGAUGCACGUUUCCGCCCCAAGAUACGACCAGGAUAGAUUGGGAAUUAUCUUCAGAGCCUCUCCAAGACAGUCGGAUAUCAUGAUCGUGGCAGGAACAGUGACGAACAAGAUGGCACCAGCCUUGAGACAGGUUUACGACCAAAUGCCAUACCCAAGAUGGGUUAUAUCGAUGGGUUCGUGUGCUAAUGGUGGUGGAUACUACCAUUACUCGUACUCCGUGGUAAGAGGUGUUGACAGAGUUGUUCCUGUUGAUGUCUACGUGCCAGGAUGCCCACCCACUUCCGAGGCGCUUAUGUACGGUAUCUUCCAGCUCCAGAAGAAGAUGAUGGACCAUCAGACCCAUAGAAUGUGGUACAGAGCCUACUGA